UCCAAACAGAGCACUGACAGUAUCAGCUUUGCUCCUCGCUCUGGUUUCUAGGCAGAGUUUUUAAGUAUCGACAAUAAACAUGUCUUCGGUUCAGCAUAACAGAGCGUUUAUUAAUGAGCAGGAAACUGAUGCUGAGGAAGGAUUCCCUGAGUUUAAAGAAAUCAUCGUCAAGUCUGAAGAAGAGGUCGACGAUAUGCCACAAUAUUAUUCGUGCAAAGAUGAAGAGCAGAUCUCUAACCAGGAGAAGGAAACCAGUUUGAACCAAAAGGACACAGAACUUCAGCAGAUGAAACGGGGCCAAGAGGAACAAGAGCACCUACUGACACAAGAGGAGCAGGGAGAACUGGUGCAUCUGGAGAUAAAGGAGGAAGAAGAGGAACUCUGCAUCAGUGAGGAUCAGGAGGGUCUUGUGUUGAAGCAGGAGACAGAUAACUUAACAACUGUUGGUAAUAUGGAAAAAUCCUCCUUUAAACAUAACCGAACCAAGCUUGACCAAGCCGAUCAGGAAGGAAACAAUCCAGAAGACUCCGGAUCCAGAAGAGAUGAAGAGCCAAAACAAAAUAACAGCCUUUUGAAAACUCACACAUUCAAGAAUCUGUACUCCUGUCAAAUCUGUGGCAAGAUUUUUCCUCAAAAUAGUCACCUGACAAGACACAUGAGAAUUCACACAGGUGAGAAGCCUUUCACGUGCGUCACGUGUGGAAAAAGCUUCAGUCAAAAAGGUAAUUUAGCUUAUCACAUGAAAGGCCACACAGGGGAGAAGCCUUUCUCAUGCAUCACCUGUGGAAAAAGCUUCAGUUUCAAAAGCAUUUUACUCAUUCAUGCAAGAAUUCACACAGCUGAGAAGCCUUUCUCCUGCUUGACCUGCGGAAAAAGUUUCACCCAAAAAAGCAGUUUGACUUAUCAUAUGAGGGUUCACACAGGUGAGAAGCCAUUUUCCUGCAUGUUCUGUGGAAAAACCUUCAGGCAAAGAUCCAAGUUAACGCGUCACACUAGAAUUCACACAGGUGAGAAGGCGUAAAACUCAAAGCAUUAGGGUGCUUUGUAACUGAACAUUUAGAUGCUGCAAUGAUUAACUGAAAGAAUCACACUAAAAUACUAAUUACACCAGGGGUCACCAAUGUUUUUAAGGCUGAGAGCUACUUCAUGGGUACUGAGUCAUAGGAAGGGCUACCAAUACUGACCUAGGAACUGGAGUGUUCAACUAAACCACAUACUUAAUAAAUAUAUUUUGGAUAUUUUAAUAAAGGAAUUUGAAUAAAUGAUUAAACGCUAUAUAUAUGAUUACUAUAAUGAAAUAGUCUUUAAAUUAUAAAAAAAGAAUAGAAACAAAAUCAAAAAAAGUUUAAAACUUAGUCCAUUGGUGAUUUUUUUUUCUGUUCUCAGAAGACACUCAGAGCAUCCCAUGUAGUUCUAGAGGGCCCCUUUGUGUCUGCGGGCAGUUCUUUGGUGACCCCUGAAUUACACUAUCAUGUAAUGUUGUGCCAACUGUAGCUUCCUAGUUUAAAGGGAGUUUAUGAAGUGUACCAAACAGUGAUAAUAUUUAAUUGUUUGUCUUCCUCUAAAUAUAACUUCUAUGACUUAAUUCCUGACGAAGCAAGUCUGACUUGUGACAUUUAUCAAGUACAUCCUUUCAUCCAGUAACCAGACUCUUUUUUUUUUUUUAGGAAAGUUUAGUUUCAGCAGUUUAAAGAAUGUGUUGGUGAAAUUAUUUAAAAGACUGAUUCAAAAGUAUUUUUCUUUUAUAUGUAUAGCCAGGUUUUUAAGAUCCUCUUGUGAUCGUUUUUUUUUUUCAGCUAAAACCCAGCCUUUUCAUAUUGUCCAUAGAACUUCAUACAAAUGGAAGUUUAAUGAAGUUUUUAUAUGAAUGUUUUCUUCAUUUUCAGUGUUAUAAAUAGG